GCACAUAUUCUGGGAUUCUGGGUACGGCCAAGCACACCGUUGUCACCCCGAUGCCGAUCCUGGGGGUGGCUCCACACCUGGCGUUGGAUAAUGCGGGGAAUGCCUGUCUGGAGCUGCAGGGGCCCACUCCAACAGUCCCUAGCUUGGGGAAAGGGGAGGUGGCUGCCACGAGGAAAAGACAUCAAGGUGCUGGCAAAGCUGGAAACUGUUGAGAGAGAAACAAAGCACCGGCGAUAUUGGUUUGGGAAGGAGGGCAGCAAAGCCCCUCAUCUCAGACUGGGUAAUUCUCCAAGUGGUGGAUCUCAAUGUCUAGGGCCUUGUCACGGAGCUUGGAAACAGAAGCCAUGCAGAAACUGGUUAGAUUUGCGAGAGCAUCGAAACAACAUGAAGGACUUCACCAAACUUCAGUCGACACAUCGUCUAUAAGAAGGAGAUGACUUCCUGCCUUCAUCAACCUUUUCUUUCUUUCUCCAGACUCAAGCACUCGAGCAGUUCUCGGAUCAUCCUCAGCCUCAUCAGCCUACCAGCCUCAGCCCACCGGCCUUUCCUCGCCUUCAGCACCGCAACAUCUUCAAAAUGCAGUUCCUCACCACCGUUCUCGCCCUUGCCGGCGCUGUUGCUGCUCUUCCCGUCGAGCAAAAGACCGAGAUUGUCGAGGCCCGCCAACUCUUUGGUUCCGACACCAAGAACGAGCUGAUCAACGGAGGUGCUUGCCCUCCUGUCAUCUUCAUCUACGCUCGUGGCUCCACUGAGAGGGGCAACCUGGGAACUCUCGGCCCCUCGGUCGGCGAUGCUCUGAAGGACCGCUUUGGGUCGGCCAAUGUUUGGGUUCAGGGUGUUGGCGGUGCCUACACGGCUGAUCUCCUCGACAACGCCCUCCCCGAUGGCACUACCCGCGCGGCUAUUGCUGAGAUGAAGGGGCUCCUCACCUUGGCUCACACCAAGUGCCCCUCGGCCAAGGUUGUUGCUGGUGGUUACAGCCAAGGUGCGGCUCUGGCAGCCGCCUCGAUCAGCACCAGCACCGCUGCCAUUCGUGAGCAGAUCAAGGGCGUCGUCCUCUUCGGCUACACCAAGAACCUCCAGAACCUGGGCCGCAUUCCCGACUACCCCCGCGAGCGCACCGAGGUUUACUGCGCCACUGGCGACUUGGUCUGCACCGGUACUUUGAUCGUCACUGCUGCCCAUCUUACCUAUGGUGAUGAGGCCCGCAACGAGGCUCCCAGAUUCCUCAUUGCUCGCAUCAACGCCAGCUGAAUCCUUGGCAAAUGAUUCGAAUACAGAGAAUUCGGAGGUGGGCUGAUAUGAGCUGGGGAUGCCGGGGCAUGGGCUGUGGCGAUAUGGACGGAUGAUCGCGGCGGCUUCACAAAGAUAUCUUUGGCAUUUUGGAUCUUUUCGGAGGACUUCUCAUGUAGAUACACGAUCGCUUUGUAUGUACAUAGGCUUUAUGUUUGGCUUAUCUUUGAGUGGGAGGAGACUUGAGAGGGGAUGUCCCAAGGGCUUGGGCAAGUUUUAGGCAACGGCUUUAGGCCAUUAUGAGGAAUGAACUCGAGUUUUGCUCUUUGACUUCUUGGUAUGACUUCCAGGGUUCCUUUGUUUGUAUCUAAGACAGAUCUGCCAUUUCCAUAGACACUUUGUGUCA